AUGGCGCAACGUUACCAGCAGCAGGUGACCGUGGGAUGGAUUGCUCCCAUGGCCUUGGAGCUGACGCCCGCCCUUGCAGUCUUGGAGAACUACGAGCAGGUAGCCACGGACGACGAGAUGACUUACUACGUCGGCAAGAUUGGGGCACACUUCGUUGUUGUGACAGUGUGCCCAAGGAUUGGCACCACUCAAGCGGCUUCAACCGUUACCCACAUGCCACAACUUGGCGGCCAGCAGAAACGAGACUUCAGUGACCCAGGCGGCAAGAACGACUACCUCUUCCCAGAUCGUUACCUGCACCAGGUUGAGGAUAAGCUGUGUAAACUCCUCAUCUUAUUUCAAACCGACCCCGAACCACGCGAUAUGGCGACGCGCCACGCCCUGACCAGGACGCAGCCACACUGA